AUGGCCCUCCAGAAACUGACCAACAACCCUGCCGUCCGCAUGCUAAACGCAGCAGCAAAAGGGAAAUACGGUGUCCUCGGCGUAGUAUCCUACAACCUCGAGACCAUCAUCGGCGCCAUCCGCGCCGCCGAAUCCAAAAAGGCACCUCUCCAAAUCCUGCUCUUCCCUUGGGCACUUCACUACUCUCCAUCUUUUGUUUCCGCAGCUGCUGAAGCUUGUGCUGCUGCUUCUGUACCCGUUACACUUCACAUGGAUCAUGCCCAGGACCCUGAAGUCAUCAAAAAGGCCGCCGCGAUGAAGAAACACGAUGGCACGCCCAUGUUCGACAGUAUCAUGGUAGACAUGUCCCACUACGAGAAAGAAGAGAAUUUGGCAAAGACGACUGAACUUGUGAAACUUUGUCAUAGCUAUGGCAUCGCUACAGAAGCAGAGCCAGGACGUAUUGAAGGAGGAGAAGAUGGCGUUCAAGACACCGCAGAGCUAGAAGGUAUGAUGACCACAGCAGAAGAAGUAGACGAUUUCAUCGCCACGGGGAUUGAUUUCUUGGCCCCUGCAUUUGGAAAUGUGCAUGGUGAUUAUCACGGUGUGGAGAAUAUUCAUUUGGACUAUGAUCGUCUCGAAGCUAUCCAGCAAAAAGUCGACAAUCGCGUCCAAAUCGUUCUCCACGGUACAAACGAAUUCAUCCCUUCCAUUCUAAACAAAUGCAUCGAAAGAGGAGUCACCCGUGUAAAUGUCAACAAGAUGGUUCUGUCAGACUACUUUGCAUACACGGCAGAAAAGACUGGCGAAGUGCCAUUGACAGAGUUGCUAGAGACCAGCACGGAUUUGAUUCAGAAGCAGUGUGAGGGUUGGAUUGAUGCCAUGGGUUGUGCUGGCAAGGCUUGA